CAAGCACAACACAAACAAGAGGCUAUGGACAAGACUCCAUGGAGGAACCUGGAGACCUAUCCAUAUAACAGAUACCACCCCAUGGGGGAGAUCUAUCAGUGGAUGAGCCAGAUAAGUGAGAAGUACACAGAAGUGGUGACACAACAUUUCCUGGGGAUGACCUAUGAGACUCGGCCCAUGUAUUAUUUGAAGAUCAGCCUGCCAUCCAAUAACCACAAGAAGAUCAUUUGGAUGGACUGCGGAAUUCACGCCAGGGAAUGGAUUGCCCCUGCUUUUUGCCAAUGGUUUGUGAAAGAAAUUCUACAAAACUAUAAAGACAACUCAAAGAUAAGAAGGUUCCUUACGAAACUGGAUUUCUAUGUGCUGCCAGUUUUUAACAUAGACGGUUAUAUCUACACUUGGACAACUGAUCGGCUUUGGAGGAAGUCCCGUUCAUCUCAUGAUAAUGGCAAAUGUUUUGGGACAGAUCUCAAUCGAAAUUUCAAUGCAUCCUGGUGUAGUAUCGGUGCAUCAAAAAACUGCCAAGAUUUAACAUUCUGUGGGACAGGACCGGUGUCUGAGCCUGAGACUAAAGCUGUUGCCAGCUUUAUAGAGAAGAAGAAAGAAGACAUUGUAUGCUUCCUGACCAUGCACUCUUACGGACAACUCAUUCUCCUGCCCUAUGGCUAUACCAAAAAUAAAGCAAGUAACCACGAAGAACUGAUCCAAGUUGGACAGAAGGCUGCAACUGCAUUGAAAGCAAAGCAUGGAACCAAUUAUAAAGUUGGAUCGAGUGUAGAUAUUUUAUAUGCUACAUCAGGCUCCUCAAGAGACUGGGCUCGGGACAUUGGGAUCCCCUUCUCAUAUACAUUUGAGCUGAGGGACAAUGGUACGUAUGGAUUUGUUCUGCCAGAAGCUCAGAUUCAGGCCACCUGUGAGGAGUCCAUGGCCGCUGUGCUCUCCGUCCUGGGUGAUGUGUAUGAGAAAUAUUGGUAUUCCAACAGUGCUGGAAAGAGGACAUCUGCCACCAUAGUUCUGAGCCUGUUCGUGUCCUUCGUGCAUCUUCUCUAAGUGCGUCCUCCCCAAGCCUGCUCAGCCCCAAUGGACAUGGAAGUGAUUGCAGGGAAGGUGUUUGAAGUCCUAGAGGAAUCAAAGAGUUUAACUAAAAAUACUUUCUAGUUCAAUAAAGGUAAAUCGUGUUUGCA